GUGCAAUAAGUUAGAAUGAGAAAAAAUAUAGUCUCAUUUUAACUUAUUGCACUAGUCCAGUAGUGCAGCUAUAAAGAACAGAUCCAUAGACAGUAGUCUUGUUCGCCUCCGUGGUGGAUGGAUGUAGUUCUUGUAACUACGCAUAAUUUUUUAAUCGUGAGGAUUGCGUACGCGCUGUCCGUUUUUCUUUUUACAUCAUAUUACUGGGAAGUGGCGUAUGGACAUUGCUGUAUGUAGUUCGGAGCCAUAUAACGAACUGAACUGAAUAUAGACGGUUGUUUUGGCGUCCACGAGUUAUUUAUAACAACUUGAGUAUCCGAAAGCCGCAUAUAACUAAAAGAAGAACAAAACAUCAAUAUUGCAUAUUACGUUCCAUACAUAUCUACUAUGUAUAACAGAGGCUGGAAUAAACUAAACAAAAGUGACGACAAUCACAAAUAUGAACUUAAAGCUAGUACUGAAAAAGAGCAAUGUACAGCUAUCCUCAACUUCACCCAGUUGGCUUUUGAUUAUGAUGAAGAAUGGCUUGUCGUAGUGGAUACCAAAGGUAACUUAUAUUGCAUUGAUUUGUAUGAGGAUAUUCCAUUAUACAAAAGACUGGGAAAGAUUGAACAAGCUACUUUUCUCGCUAUCAAUCCCAGAUACAGAGAGGAAAUUUUGAUAGGAUGUAACACUGGUGAUAUAAAGAUCUGGAAGCUUUAUACAAAUUUAAAUGAAUUUUCUCUGUUAUCUGGACAUAAAUUACCACCAAUACAUAUUUCCUUUUACAAAAGUCAUUGUCUAACUUACUCUAAGAGUGAGGUCAUAAUAUGGUAUCUACAAUCCUAUAGUAAAACUUAUCAGUUGAAAAUUAAUGCAAAAAAUGCAGUAAUAAGAAAGGCUCUUUUCUCAAACACUGGUCACAUUGUUGUACUGUACAACAAUGACACUAUGCAAGCUUGGUUAUUCAGGCAAUUAGACAAGGAUAUUAAGAUCAACACAAAAAUAUUUGAUGCACUUUCUGUCAAGGAUUUUAACUUCACAAAAGAUGGAAAAGCCAUGAUAAUGAUUAGCAUAAAAGGCAUAAACAUUCUUAACACAUAUGAUUGGAGUUUGUUGAGAAAAUUAUCUCUGCCUAGUAAUUUUGUCCAAGUAAAACAGUUGGCUGUCAUUCCACGUCCACUGGAUGGCGGGGCAAAUAAAAUCGUCGCACUUUUAUCUUCAAAAUGUUCUCUUCACUUUUGUGACUUAAAUUUGUUAAACUCCCUUGAGAUAUCUGAUGCCAUCAAUAGAGUUAAAAAAUUUGCUGUUUCAUCAGCUGGCAAAUACAUAGCAUACAUUAAUCAAGAAGGAUGUCUAAAUAUAAUGCAUACCAACAAAAUUAUCACAGAAAAAUGUUCUCAGUCAAAAAAACCAUUAGAGUUAGAUCGACCGCAGGCGCACAAAAUAAGUGACCAUUUAGAAUACGUUCAACAAAGUAUGAAGCAAGAAUUAGAUGCAAAACGUUUGAUAUCCAUUUUAACGGAAUUCGGAGAAUAUCCAAAGCAAUAUCGUGCGAUAAUCUGGUCCAUCAUCCUAAAACUCCCAGCUAAUAGAAAUGCAUAUCUUGCCUUGGCAAAUAAAGUAACACGUGGAGGAUUUACAUGGGAUACUUUAAGGAAUUAUUCUGUAGCGGAUAAGAAUAAGGCGUCGUUACUCGCCAUGACAAUGAACUGUUUACUGCAAUGGUGUCCGUUGCUUGUGCAAAGUCCAUUUCUUCCCAAUUUAGCUUUCCCAUUUCUUAUGGUAUUUCAGAAAGAUCCUUUACUUGCUUUUGAGUUGAUUCUAAGUAUAUUACUGAACUAUUGCCAUAAUUGGUUCGAAUAUCAUCCUCUCCCGCCAUUAAAUAUUCUGGGAAUUAUUGAAAAUAUCCUACUGGAGGCAGAUCCACAAUUAUUAAAUAUUUUCUGCGAGCAUGGUAUAACAACCAGCGAAUACGCAUGGCCGUUACUUCAGACUGCAAUGAGCGAAGUAUUAUCAGGAGAUGAAUGGCUGAUAUUAUGGGACCAUCUAAUAACAUUUCACAAGCCUCGUCUUUUGCUGAUAUGUGUCGUUGCUUACAGCAUUCAUUCAAGGGAAAACAUAAUUUCUUUAAUACAAUCAUCUAGAGAUUGUCGUGAAGACAUAAAAGAUUUUUACAGCGCUCAAGGUCAUGUUAGGACAAAGGAUUUAUUAAAAAUUGCAAGGAAGUUGGAUCAAGAAGUGCCAGGACGAGUGUAUUCCAAUCUAAGAAGUGAACUAUUACAAUUGAAUCACACCGGACCUUACCCCUUAUUUAUGAUGAAAAAGUAUCCCAAGUUUCUCGUUGAAAAUUUUUGCACUGCAGACUUAAAAGAAUGUAUAGCACAAAAACAGCAUUCGCAAGAUUGUAAUUACAAGAUUGUAGAAUCCAACCAAAAUUUUAAUACUAUUGCAAAACAAAUUCAUGAUACAAGAUUAAAUGAUGUACAGAGAUACUUCCAAAAGCAUAAAAGAUCAUACUGUGAGCAUUUGUACAAAAAAAAUUCAGAUUUGCAACUACGAGGCAUACAAGUUUGUAUAAAAUACAAAAAUAUGAUAAAUGAAACUUCAAACUUUAAAGACAUUGCACCAAAAAAUUAUGAAAAAUUACAACGAGAUGUGAUAAAACUUGAAUAUGAAGUGCUAAGUUUUUUAGAUACACUGAAAUCAAAGUGAAAAUGAAUCAAAGUUAAAUAUUAGAUCAUAUUUAAAGUUGAUUUGAUAAAACUUGAAGUAAAAUAUAAAAGUAAUAUUUUAAUGUAAUCAUGCAUAAUAUAAGGAUAUCAUUUUAUACU